AUUGUAUCUAGCAACCGGCGUGUUCACCUGUUGUCAUGACCGCUCAGACUCGUCGUAUCGACGAAUUAUCAACAUCGAAGGCCAUUCCGCAAGGAUUUUUGGAAGACAGACGUUCUGUUUAUUGGGAUCGGAACAUACCGAAGUGGAGGCCGGAAACGACCAAUUUUGUACUCUCUGCACAUCAAGAACAACUCGUUUGCCCGAAAGUUUUACACAAAGAAUACCUAGGAGAUCGACCUAGUCCUAUAUGGCCAGUGUCAAAGAGUGCACAGAAAGCAAAAUCCACUCCAAGACUGGAAGUUUUAUCACAACCUAAGGCGACCCACAGAGAAUAUGAACCAGCAAGAGAAAUUCAAACAGUUGUCAGCGACGCAGCAAAACAUGCCGGCUGCUCUGAUCGACUCCGCACAUUAUGUCAACACAAAACGUAUCCCAACAGUGAAGACGAGCUCAGAAAUUGGGACUGGAGCACGUGGGAAAGUUCCGUACCACAAAGAGCCAAGACGGCUGAACCGUCUUCACACACUCUUCAACUAGCCGAAGAAAAGAAGCCUCACCCGCAGUGGAAACCGUCAAGAAGCGUGCAAUGGAAAGUCUCUCGUGCCGCACUCAACCACGAACUAUCAGAGACAUCACAGAAGCUUGCACAGCCGAAGGAGCGUGGCCAGCAAGAGGAUUAUAACCCGAAGGCAUGGAAGGUAUCUUCGGCGUCACUGCAGGCACAAGCGUCUGCGCGUCUACAAGAGUUGUGCCUUCCGUUGGCCAGAAAGAUGAGAUCAAAGAAGACAUGAGGACAUAUGAGUUUGGUGUCUAUCUAUUGGACAUAAGAUAUGUAGAUUAGAUAUAUAGUAAGUAUAUAAUACAAUUGUAUGGAGCUGGA